GGACCAUGCAUACUUCCAGCGGUGAUGAUGAGGCCUCUAAGGAUCCUCGUAUAAUAGGCGAUCAAGAUUUCAGUCAACAGUAUACAGAAAAUGAUUUUGAAGGACAUCGAGCCCACUCUGUCUAUGUAGGUGUACAUGUACCCGGUGGACGUCGCCAUUCGCAAAGAAGGCGCAAACAUCAUCAUGGCAAAAGUGAUAGCAGUGGUGAUGAGAGACAACCGGAAGUUGAAAGGCCGGUCACCCCUCCCGCCCAACGGGUACAAUUCAUUUUGGGUGAGGAUGCUGAUGACGGUACCCACGUCUCACAUCCCCUAUUCUCGGAAUACUUAACAUUGGUUAAAGAAGGCGACGAAAUCGAAUGGAAAGAAACAGCCCGAUGGAUUAAAUUCGAAGAAGAUGUGGAAGAGGGCGGCAAUCGUUGGUCCAAACCCCAUGUGGCCACGCUGUCAUUACAUUCACUGUUCGAACUGAGAACCCUGCUGUUAAAUGGAUCUGUGAUAUUGGACAUGGAAGCGAACAAUUUGGAUUUGAUAGCCGAUUUAGUUUGUGAGAAUAUGGUAAAUGCCCGCACAUUACCGGCCGGCUCAAGGGAUAAAGUUAAGGAUGCUCUGUUGAGACGUCAUCGUCAUCAGCAUGAAUAUAAUAAGAAGACAAAAUUGCCGAUUAUACGUUCAUUGGCUGAUAUCGGACGGAAUCAUUCAUCAUCGAAAAAAAAAGCUAAAAAUAUACGUAAAAAUAAUAAAAUGCCCGUUAUAACAGAGGAUAUGAUCAAGAGUCCCAGCAGCCAGUCGAUGCAACGGAACAGCAGUGGCAAUGAUCUCAGCGAUCAUCGUGCGAAUAUGAAUUUCAUGCGGAAAAUCCCACCCGGUGCUGAGGCCAGUAAUAUUCUUGUGGGUGAGGUUGAUUUUCUUGAGAAGCCAUUGGCCGGUUUCAUACGUUUGAAAGAUGCCGCCAUUAUGGGUGAUCUAACGGAAGUUCCAGUGCCCACAAGAUUUAUUUUCAUUCUCUUGGGCCCACCUGGCAGUCAAAGUAAUUUCCAUGAAAUUGGCCGUGCCAUGGCCACCCUAAUGUCCGAUGAAAUCUUCCAUGAAGUUGCCUAUCGUGCACGCAAACGUGAUCAUUUGUUGGCCGGUAUUGAUGAAUUCUUGGACGCCGUGACAGUGCUGCCACCUGGUGAAUGGGAUCCAGCUAUUCGCAUUGAACCACCAGCAGCAGUACCAUCACAAGAAAUACGUAAACGCCCACCCGAAGCACCCAAAGAGGAAAUCGACGAAGAAGAAUUGGAAGCAAAACUACGUGAAGAAUCUGGUCUAUCGCGGACGGGUCGUCUAUUCGGUGGCCUGGUCAAUGACAUUAAACGUAAAGCACCAUUUUAUGUAUCCGACUUUACAGAGGCUUUCUCAAUGCAGUGCAUAGCCUCAUGGAUCUUUUUGUACUUUGCUUGCCUCUCGCCCAUUAUUACCUUUGGCGGUUUGUUGUCUCAGGCAACGGGUAAAAAUAUGGCUGCCAUGGAAUCUUUGGUUUCCGGUUUUGUUUGCGGUAUCGGUUAUGGCUUCUUUUCGGGACAACCUCUUACGAUUUUGGGUUCGACGGGUCCUGUGCUGGUCUUCGAGACAAUUGUCUAUGAGUUUUGUCUGAAGCAGGGCUGGGAUUAUAUGACAUUCCGAUUUUGGAUUGGCACCUGGAUUGCGGUCAUCUUGUUGAUAUUGACAGCUGUUGAUGCCAGUGCUUUGGUGUGCUAUAUUACCCGGUUCACUGAAGAGAAUUUCGCCACACUUAUAGCAUUUAUAUUUAUAAUGAAGGCUGUUGAAAACGUUUUGAAAAUUGGCAAAACAUAUCCUGUACACAAUGAUAUAUAUGAUUGUGUUUGUACACCGCCAGUGGGUAGUAAUGCCACCAUUUUGGACUAUGCCAAAUAUAGCAAAGAUUAUUGCUUGGCCAACAACGGCACUCUAGUCGGCGUGGACUGUGAACAACCAGAUACCUCAAAUAUAUUCCUUAUGUCUGUGUUAUUGUUUAUUGGCACCUUUAUUAUUUCGACCAUCUUGAAAGACUUCAAGACAGCUCGAUUCUUCCCCACGGUGGUGCGUCAAUACGUCAGUGAUUUCUCCGUCAUCAUUGCCAUCUUCAGUAUGUCGGCAUUUGAUUAUUUCAUGAAAAUCGAAACACCCAAAUUGGAGGUACCCCACGAGUUGAAACCCACCUUGCCUACACGCGAUUGGAUUAUUCCCCCAUUCACUGAAAAUAAUCCAGCAUGGACGGCUGUAGCUGCUGUCAUCCCAGCCCUCUUGGGUACAAUUCUUAUCUUUAUGGAUCAACAAAUUACCGCUGUCAUUAUCAAUCGUAAGGAGAAUAAAUUGCGUAAAGGUUGCGGUUAUCAUUUGGAUUUGUUUGUAUUGUCAAUUUUGAUACAAAUUUGCAGUAUUAUGGGUUUGCCAUGGUUCGUCGCCGCCACUGUGCUCAGUAUUAACCAUGUCAACUCACUGAAGAAAGAAUCUGAAUGUUCGGCACCCGGUGAAAAGCCACAAUUCUUGGGAGUGCGGGAACAACGUGUCACCCACAUUAUGAUAUUCCUUAGCAUUGGUCUGUCCGUAUAUUUGACACCCAUUUUGUGUCACAUUCCUAUGCCGGUAUUGUUUGGUGUCUUCUUGUACAUGGGUGUUGCCUCGCUAAAGGGUUUGCAGUUCUUCGAUCGUUUGUUGAUUAUGUUGAUGCCAGCUAAAUAUCAACCGGAUUAUAUGUUCCUUAGACAGGUCCCCAUAAAACGUGUCCAUUUGUUCACAAUUAUUCAAUUGGCUUGUCUGGUGUGUCUGUGGCUCAUCAAAUCCUUCUCAUCCACAUCUAUACUCUUCCCCUUGAUGUUGGUCGUUAUGAUUGGUAUACGCAAGGCCUUGGAUUUGGUAUUCACACGCCGCGAAUUGAAAAUCCUCGACGACAUAAUGCCGGAGAUGACCAAACGCCAGGCUGCCGAUGAUCUCCAUCAAUUGGAUGCUGAGGAUCAUCAUCAACACCACCACCACCAACAACAUCAUGACAGAUACGAUAAAUAUAAUUCUUCUAUAAAUCCGGGACCAACAACUAUACACAUACCCCUAAAAGUUGACUCAAGUGAGACAUCAUCAGCGACACAACAACAACAGCAGCAACAACAACAAGGAAAAUCAAUGAAUAUGCCACAAGAGAUACAAAGUAUUUGGCAGCAAUUACACGAAGAUGGUAGUUCAACGGAACAGUUGAUAAUACCGAUCAACUUUAAAGUUCGUCAGGUUAACGGGAGUCAUAACACAAAACAUCUGAUACGUCAGUACGAAAAUGGGACGGAUAUACAAAUAAUAGACGCCUCUACGUAUCGUCAACAGAAACAUCCGUUUGAGACGAUGGUAUGAUUAAGGCAA